AGCAGAAAUUCCUCUCUCAAGAGUUUGGCAUUUCCUCUGAGCUCACACACACUCAACGGCUGCUCUCUCAUUUCACACAGCGCUCGGUAUACGAGAGAGGGGGAUUUUCAAACGUCUUGAAUGAGUGGACCUGUGGUGCUCAGCAAAGAAAACAUCAUCGUGUAAACUUUGCCUCUGAGUUUAGAGGAACUUUUAGAGAGUUUAGAACAGCGAGGAGAACUCGAGAUAGUCCUGAACAUCUGGGAGACUGACUCAGCAUGGGCUAACCACCCCCAUCUCAUGCCUGCAAGAGCUCAGAGGCCCUGGACUGGAACAGGAGGAUGAGUGUGUACACGCUAAACCUCAGGGUUUUCUGGCUUCUGGUCACUUGUGUCCUUGGCGUCCUACUGCUGCUUCAUCAUUUCGUCCUGCGAGGAUCUGACGAACGAUCUGAUGGCUGCUCUGAUCAGGGAACCGGAUCCAUCCCGCUCAUCAAGUACGUCUUUGCCUUUGCACUGUGUUAUUUCUUCAUCAGGUACUGCUCAUCUCAGCCUGGAACUACUAAACAAGGAAUUCAUGCCAUUGCUGGAAAACCUACGGGUCCUAAAAGGGAGUUGCUGGAGGAGCACUUUGAGAGACAUGUACGCCUUUCUCCACAUGUUCUCGGCCACAGCAAGGCUCAUGUGGCCAAGCUGGUGAGCGAGCUGGUGCGAGUCGGACGGGCCGAUGUACUUCCAGAGUCCUCUCUGGCGUUUCGCGGGGACUUUAUUCAGAUUGGGAGCUCGUACGAGGAGCACAAAGUGGGCUCGCCGGAUUGUUUUGACAUCCUGGUCCCGCUUAGGCUUCCCCGAGGGCUCAAACUGGAGCCUUGCAGGUACGGUGACAACCGUUGUGGUGCACCACUGAUCACUCUGGAGACGCCGCGUAAGGAGGAAUGGCCACGGCGACACAAAGUCUUCACGGAUGCCUAUCUGCGUUCAAACGGUUCACCGGGAGUCUACAGGUUGAGUCCGGACUCGGUGAUGCGCUGGUUUUACUGUGCAUCCCAGCGCUGCCUGUCAACCGUACGGUACCCAUUUGAGCAGCGCUGCUUGCUCAGCCUUUCUCUCACUGAGGGACAGCGUGUACAGCUUCACCUCACACCACGAUCCGACUACGUCUGCUGCCACAUCUCCAUGGGUGUUCGGCUCAUCCCGGCGCUUCCUCUGGGUGAUUCCGCCUUCUUGGUCGCAUGCCCCAGAGCUCAGCGUUCGGAAGACCUUUGGACGGUCUACUUCCCAAAGCAAGAGCAGAAGCUCCUUGGAUGGUUGAAAGCCAAACUUCCCACCAGCUCCUGCCAUCUCAAGUGCCUUCAGCUGCUCAAGGAAGUGCGAGACCUCGGCGGGCAAACGUUAGACCAAAAAGCCGGAGCCGAGUGGAAAGGGGUGCUUUCGUCCUACGUUCUGAAAACUGCCUGGCUACGUCUCCUGCUCAGCACGCCUUCUGAAGCCUGGGAAGACUGCCACCUGAUGGACAGGAUGGAAGAUCUGCUGCGUUUUCUAAGAGACGGGCUACAAACCAGGAGUCUUCGCCAUCUCCUCCUCGGUGGUGACAAAGGGCUACUACCCGAAACCGUCACAUUGCCAAAGAUCGUUAAGGAAACGGUGCCGUCUAACCUGUGGGCCGAAUUCAGCGCCGAAUCUCUGGACCUGGUCACUGCUCGGCUGUCCUACUCCUGGACUCAUCUGCCUCGUUUAAUCCGUCUCGGACGUCCACAGAGGACAACUCUGGGACGAGGGGUCCACUGUAAGCACAUCGACGCUGAAUAGGUGCUUUAUUUCCAAACAGGGUCUCAGGUGUACAUGUCUUCAAAUCUCAGUUAUCUGGCAUCUUGUAGCAUUAGGUGUGUUUUGCUAAAGUUGAGUGUAAUAGGAAAAUAUGACUUCAGAGAUGAAAAUAUGAGCAAGGGUUAUGUUUUUUAUCAAGCAGUAUUUUAAAAAGCAGUUUUUAUUCAUUGGAGAAAAUACAAGUACUGUAUAGAAUGCUGGUAGAAAUCCUUCUUAAUGUACUGUAUCUCAGAGGUCAUGAAGGUCAGAAAGUUUAGAACAGCUCCAAGAGACACUUUGCUGCUUGAAUUCAGGUCAUGGGCUAAAGAUUUCUAAAAAUAAUUCUCAUUGGUGUGUGUGUGUGUGUGUGUGUGUGCGCUCUCAACCAAAGACCUGUUCAGCUGCGUUUUACAGGUGAUAUAAUUUUCUACAUGUGAAAGAGCUGGUUGAGUUUUGUGUUGACUCAGAAACAUCAUGUGGGAAGGGGACAGUCAGAACAGGUUUAACGCCAGUGAGGUCACAAAUUUCCACACACACACACACACACACACACACACACACAAAACUCCACUGUUUUCCCCUGCAAUCUGAAGAAGACCUAUUAGCAGUGAGUAAUGUAACACAGUGUCAUCAUGUUAUGAGUGAUAUAUUCUCAACUGUGUCUCAACACUAAAGGGCAAAAACAUUCCCCUUAAGUAAUUAAUAAAUACUGUGUGUGUGUGUGUGUGUGUGUGUGUUACAGUAAAAUACUGAGUGAUGGGGUGGUGUGAUGAAGCGGAGUUUCUGUCCUCACCCUGAAGAUGAUUAUUUUCCUGUAAUAGCACCUGUAAAUGUUUUAUUCUUCUUAUGCCACUGCAAUUUGCCAACAAUUACAUUUUUUACACUUUUUAUCCAUUUAUUGUUACAGUUAAUGUUGUGAAAUGUCCAUGAAACGAGUUAGUUCCUGUUCUCACUUACAUUAUAGCAGCUAUAAUCAGUCGAUCCCUCACCAGCCUCUCUUUCUCUCUUUCUCGAAGUAAAUAAGACAAAAAAAAACAUGCAGCUUGUCAUAUUUUGUUACCGAGAAACUGCAAAGAAGUGUAAAUUCCUCUGUCCUGAAGAUGUUACAGCUUUAAGCUUAAAUGCAACUAUAAAUGGAUAGAAAGUACAACAUGUUGUUCUUUAAUAAAUAGGACAGUGUAAUUGUUGGGAAAUUGACGUGAUGUAAGAGAAAUAAAACACUCAGGGACGUGCUGUUAGUGGAAAAUAAUCAACUUCAGGAUGGGAACAGUAUCUCUGCUUCAUCUCACCACCCCGUCACUCAGUAUUUUACUGUAACACACACACACACACACACACACACACACACUGUUUUAUUACUUAUCUAAUAAGCAAUUAUCUUUGAAAAGAUAACCUGUACACGCUCUGAAGAGUUUAACCAUAACAUACAUUUGUUUAGUGCAUUAGUCAACAGCAGGGUCUGUUUGGACAUUCUGUAAAAGGAAACUGUACAAAUAGGCCUCACUUUUUACAACACACACACACACACACACACACACAUGCAUACACACACACACACAUGCAUACACACUUCUGAUCCCUAGAGAUACACCUCUACGGCUUGUUGCCAUGGAGACGGGGAUUUCACGCCGGGGUCACCAGGUGGGCGAGUCGCUCCGUCCCACUGUGACUCAUGAGCAAUAUUCUGAUAUUAUUUCUUCCCCCCAUUUUUUCCUUUCUUUCGCAAUCAUGACGGAUGUUUUGAGUUUUUUUUUUCUUUCUCUGUUUUCCACCUCAAACACGCCUGCACUCACGUACAGUGAGGAAUCACACUUUUCAGGACAUCUGAGUCAUAUAACAAGCUGAAUCUCUGUCUCUCCCACACACACACACACACACACACACGUACACACAUAUACACACACAUACACACACACGUUGCUCAACUACUCGAGUGAAGUUUUGUUUCACUUCACUUUACUUAAAAGCAGAACAGAAUCU